AUAAGAUGAUUAGUUCUUUUUCUUAUCAUUUAUAAUCACCAUUCUACUGAUUAUAUCUGCCCCCCCCCCCACCUCUCACAAAGCCUAUGCUCAGCAUUAGAAAAUACUGAUUAGUAUUAUGUUGUAUAAUUAUAUAAACUAUGAACAACGUUACACUGAUGCUGCAGAGUUCAGAAAAGAGUCUAACGAAGCCUAAGAUUAUUAUGGCCAAAAGCAAAGCUUGGAGUGUUCACUUACAACAAAAGUUCACCGGAAGAUAUUCUAGGUGUUCAUUGGCAAUUAUUCUUACAACAUAUAUCUUAUUUUAUGCUACAAUCUACGAAUUAAGUCUUGAAGAAACAGAAGAAGUAAUCUUUACAACAAAACUACUGUCUAUGAAGAAAUUUGACAUCAGUCAGAGUGCAGAAACAUGCCGUUCAAUCUGUAACAAUAUCACCAGUAUUCCGAAAAAUAAAGUGGAAUAUCUGAAACCAAUCGGGAAUCUAUGGAAAAUAGUUCAUUCUGAAGUACAUAGACACUCAAGGAAUAAUACGAUUUUUCCACAUUUAGUCGGUGGAUCAUGGAUUUUUAAAGACGAAAGUUUCGAUUCAAGUGAUAAAUGCACUUCAGUUCCAGAAUCCGGUGUAGCAAUUGUAUUUGUAUGCAGAGACAGAUGGAUGCAGUUAAACAUAACAUUGAGCGUACUAAUCCCGAUUCUACAAAAACAACAUUUAUGUUGUCGGAUAUUUGUUAUUGAACAAGCAGGAAAUGGUAUGUUGAACAAGGCGAGAUUAUUGAACUCAGGUUUUCUUGAAGCUAGAAAAAGAUUUAAUUUCAACUGUAUUGUAUUUCAUGAUGCUGAUCUGGUCCCUUUGAAUGAUAAGAUUCCAUAUGGGUGUGAUUUUCAGACAAGAGAUACACCUGUGCAUCUAAGUGUUGGUGUAAGCAAAUGGAAUUAUGUCCUACCAUACAUCCGGUUGAUCGGUGGUGUCUUGAAGAUAUCUAAUGAACAUUUUAUUUCAAUAAACGGAUAUUCCAACAGCUAUUGGGGUUGGGGAGGUGAAGACGAUGAUUUGGAGAAGCGAUUAAAAGCUUUGCGAAUUAAAUAUGUCCAUUUAGAUAAAUCCUUGGGACGAUAUGUAUCUGUUCCACAUGAGGAACAAGCCACCUUGAGUCAGAAAAGUCGUCGUAUACUUUUGAAUGAUGCGGUUAGACGCAUGCAUGUAGAUGGACUGAAUUCAUUGUCGUACAGAGUUGUGAACAUUUCUGAGAAACCCUAUUUUACGCAUAUCACAGUCUCACUUGGAGACCAAUUUUAACCAACACUGUGUUGACUAUAAGAUGUUUAUACAAUUCGAUAUCUCUACUUUCAAAUCGAAUUACCGAAAACAUUUGCUAUAUUAAAUAAUCGAAUUGUUUUUAACAAUGUAGAGUUAUUCGGAAUGUACGAAUUCUUUCGAAUGGAAACAAUAACUCUAAUGUUCAUAGUUGAAGAGAAUAAUAAAGUUCUAAUUGAUUUCUAGUUUCAUGUAUGCAUAAAAUUGUGAAAUAAUAGUAUAUUAACCUA